GAGACCCUCACUCCGCUCGCUUUCUUCGCUCCCAACGAAGCAAUCUCCACCUUCUGCAUUUCCUCUCGAUUGAUUCUGGGCCGUCCGAUCGGUUUGCAGGGGAGAGUGGAAAAUGGAAAGGGACGCGAUCCAGGCCGAGAAGUUGGCCGCGAUGCGGCGCUUCGGCCGACUCCGCCAGAUCGGCACGCUGCUGCGCUGCCUCGAGGUCGCCGCCGUCGCCCUCUUCCUCGUCUCCUGGUCCUCCGCCCGCGCACCCGCCGCCGCCCGCCUCUCCGCCGACUUCCUCCGCCGCCUCGGCCCCAUCCUCCUCAGUCCCCGCUGCGUCUUCCUACUCGGCAACGCCAUCGUCAUCCUCCUCUUCGCCGAAUCCCGCCGCCCGUCCCCCUCCUCCUCCUCCUCCUCCUCCUCCUCCGAUGUAUACGGAGAGUUCCUCCAGAUCCGCGGAGGCGGCGACGGCCAUUUCACCUGCUCCCUCGCCCCGUCGCCGGAAGAAGUGAUCUACGAGGACAAGGCGGUGUGCAUCGAAACACCAGCGUGCGGGAGGAGCCGGUCGGCGAGAAUGGCGCGGAGGCGAGAAGCAAAUCCCGAGCAACGGCGUGCCGACACGAACUCAGAGCUCGCGGAGGAGGACGAGAAGGAGGUGGAGGCGGCCGAGGCGGAGGAGUUCCGGCGAGCGGUGGAGGCGUUCAUCGCGAAGCAAACCAGAUUCCUCCGCGAGGAAUGUCAAAGCACGUGUUCCGCAGGAACACCAGAACACGCUGUGGUUCUUCAAUAAAUUCAAGAAAGGCAGAAAUGCCUUAUUUCU